AUGUCGCCAAAUGAGGAACCAAGCCUAGAUGCCUUGGAUGCGGUGGACUACGAUCCGAUUGAACACUUGAAUGCCGUUUUCUCCCAUCCAUCCACUCUUUCCUCCGUUUCUCAGAUCUCCGACGCCCUACACGAAUGCGAAGAUGAGCUCGAUGAUGACAUCGGCAUGUUGGUGGAGGAGCAGGUCACCUCCAAUGCUGACAGCGUCGAACGCAUUCAAACAGCAAAAGCGGAUCUGUCCGAGCUGUUCAAAAAGAUCGACGAUGUGCGCGAGCGCGCAUUGAAGACUGAGCAGGCGAUCACCGAUAUGACCGCCGAUAUCAAGCAGCUAGACAACGCGAAGAAGAACCUAACACUGUCGAUGACUGCACUCAAACGACUGCAAAUGUUGACGACAGCUUACGAUCAGCUUCAGGGUCUAAGUCGGACACGGCAAUAUGGAGAUUGUGCACAGCUGCUGCAAGCUGUCGUCCAGCUUAUGGCCCAUUUCAAAUCGUACCGAUCAAUCGAUCAAAUUGCAAUGCUCAGUCGGAAUGUGGCAGAUAUACAACGAGAUCUUCAGGAGCAGGUGUGUGAGGACUUCGAAAUAGCUUUCGCCAAAGGAGAAGUAGGCUCGAAGCGCGCAAUGCUUGCGGAGUCAUGUCUGGUCGCAGAUGCUUUGGGUGAGCAUGCACGGUCUCGACUGGUGACCUGGUAUUGCAACACCCAGCUCCGCGAGUACCGACAGGUCUUCCGAAAUAACGAGGAGGCCGGCUCUUUGGAUAACAUCUCCCGCCGGUAUUCCUGGUUCCGGCGCAUAUUGAAGAUUUAUGACGAAGAGAACGCGGCCAUCUUCCCAGCCUCGUGGAGGGUGAAUGAGAUUCUGGCCAACGUCUUCUGUGAGGGCACGCGGGAAGAUUUUAAGGGCAUCUUAUCCCGGUCUGUACGCAGUGGACAGACAAUUGAUGUCAACCUGCUGCUCUCAUGCUUGCAAGAGACGCUUGACUUUGAACAUUCUCUUGAGCGUCGCUUUGCGCCUACUUCGCGUGCAUCUACCGAUACAUUUGCCUCGACCGAGCCUCCUGUAUUCAGCCAGUCGAUUUCAGAGGCCUUCGAGCCAUACCUUAGUGUAUGGGUUGAGGCACAAGACAAACAACUCGCGGCAUUGCUACCCAAGUACCGCCAACAGCCCCUCAAAGUGCCAGAUGAAGAGUUCAAUUCACAUAUCGUGAUCUCAUCGUCCACAGAGCUUUUUACCUUCUAUCGGCACUCUCUACAACAAUGUGCCAAGCUUUCAACUGGAGGCAGCCUGGUAGAUUUGGCUAAGGUAUUUGCCAAGUAUUUAGACCAGUAUGCCCAACAAGUUCUACUUAACUACAUCAGCGAACGGCCAACGAGUCACACGCCGUCCAGAUUGCCAACAAUUGAAGAGUUGGUCUCUGUCCUGAACACCGCCGAUUACUGCUACACGACCUGCACUCAAUUGGAAGAGAAAAUCAAAGGCAGGCUAGAUGAGAACUUGAAGCAAUCCGUUGAUUUGCAAAGCCAGGCAGACUCUUUCAUGGGCAUUGCAUCUGCUGCUGUGCGAGGCCUUGUGCGGCAAGUCGAGGUCGACCUUGAGCCUUCAUGGCGUGAAAUGCGAAAUACGCCUUGGGCCAAGAUCGAGGCGGUUAGUGAUCAGAGCUCGUACGUGGGUGAGAUGCUUUCCCGGACAAAGGAGAAGGCAUCUGAAAUCUUGCAGUUGCUGCAUAAGCAUCAAUAUGCACGUGCUUUCUCUGAUCAUCUGGUGGAGCUUAUAUCGAGUCAAUUCAUCGGCAAUGUCUUCCAGUGCAAACCAGUCUCAGAGACUGGGGCCGAACAGAUGCUUCUCGACUCCUACACCCUCAAGAGUGGCCUUUCAUCUCUUCUCCCUGCUCCGGCGCCCGCUGGCUUUGUCAAGCGUGUGAACAGCAGCUUCUUCAAGAUCGAAACCCUCCUCAAGACCCUCCAAGUUCGGCCAUCACCACCUGAGGCUCUUGUCCAAGCAUACCUCAUCCACAUUGCUGACCGCAACAACAACAACUUCCGUAAAAUCCUCGAUCUCAAAGGCAUCCGCAGCCGCCAGGAGCAAAAUCAUCUCGUCGAGCUGUUCCAGGUUCACCGCGCAUCAGAUCGCUACGCCUCCAACCUUCAGCAGAGCAACCCUAUUCUCGCUGCUCUCCAAGGGCCAAUGGCCACCAGCACGGGCUCUGUUUCCCAGGGUCUAGGUCUUGGGAGUGCCGCCGCAGCCAUGCCAUCUCGUUUCGACGCCUCCAUGCUCGGCUCAGCCAUCAUGUCCGCAGCCAAAGACGGAGUCGACCGCUUCGGGAACCCGAGUCUCAGCAAUUUAGGUGCCGGUGUGGCUGGAGCCACUGGAGCCUCUGCGUCCGUAUCUGGCAUGACCAGCCCGUCCGGCACCUCAUCCCCUGCCCCCAUCGGUUCCACCCUACAACCUAAUCACGCCUACACAUUUUCAGAAAGCACUACAGGAAAUCUCAAUGAGAAUCUGAAGAACAUUGGUAAAUUUUUCCGCCGCGAUCUCGGUGGCUUUGGAGGUCGUUUCGGGCGGAGCACGGAGGAUGGAGCCUAA